GUUGUCAAUUACCAGUUGCCUAUCUGUAAGCAUAUUGUAGGUUGCAGACAAAGCUGAACCAUUAAAAAAAAAUCUGAAGGAAUCUAAAAAUCAUAAUUCAUAAGCCAAAAGAAAUGUAAGGAGGUUGAUGGGUCAUUUUCAUUUUACCUUAGUUAAAGACUUUCUAUACUCUCACAUGAAUAACAUAGAGCAUAAUAAUGGUAGGUGAACACUGUGACCACUACUAAUUUAUUGUCUCAUUCUCCUCAUUCGUUCAUUCAUUCAAUUCAAUCCCGUUUCAAUCUUCAAGCUUUCAAAGACUCACUUUCCUAGUCUCCGCUUCAUCAAACCAACAAUUCAGGGAAAAUCCCAGAAAUUAACUCCAUCCCAUCAAUAUGCUCCAUGUCCAUCUUCAUCCCUUUAAUGUUGUACUAGUUUCAUUACUGUUAUUGAUGACAAUGUGUUGUGGGAUUCCAGUUUUGGACCUGAAUUCUGAAAAAAUGGGCGAAAUGGAUGCUGCAAUGCCGAAAGGGGUUUGUGGUGGGAUGAUUGGGGACUGCCCAACAGUGUCUUUUGAGGAGGAAAUGGAUUCUGAGAGCAACAGAAGAAUGCUUGUUAUGCAGAGGAGUUAUAUAAGUUAUAAUACGCUGAAGAGGGAUUAUGCUCCAUGUGGGACGCCUGGAUCUUCGUACUAUAAUUGCAGAGCUGGUCCAGCUAAUAGCUAUAACAGAGGUUGUGAAAUGAUUACAAGGUGUGCUAGGGCAGGGGAUUAGUGAAAUUAUUGCUGGGCCGCCAAGGAAUUUGGUAAAGUUAAAGAGUAAAUAUUUAUCCUUUAUUAGUCUAAUAUAUGUAUCAAAUUUUGGUGGGUUCUGAGAAAAAUUAUGUUUUUACAUGAUCUUGGAGCAUACUUUGGUGUUAAAAGUUCCUCCUUGAUCUGUAAACGGAUCUUGAAUUUCUUUUGAACUCCUGAAAUUGUGUAUUCCAGUGCCUUUGGAAAUAUCAUGAAUUCUUUAGGUCUGCCUGGCAUGCUUUGAUUUUAUUCAAUUGUGGGUCUGAUCUUUCUUAUUGAGCUGAUAGCCUUUUGAAAUUUGUAACAAACAGAUUGGGUCCUCUGAGAGAAAAUUUUGAACCAUUAACAUGUGAAUGAAUGAGUGUCUUAAUCUUAUAGUACAUGUUAUGGUAGCAUAGCUCUCAAUCAAUUGUGUUUCAAAUUAUUAAUACAUCUUCAUACCUGCUUCGCUGUGAUCCAUCAUUGUUAGUGUUUAAAGCUGUGACCUGCAGCUGCAGAGCAUAGAUUGUAUUUGUUUCUUUAUGUUCUUGAGCAACUUGCAUGAGAUGAAUCGCUGGUUACUAUCGUUUUUACCUGGAUAUGAUUUAUCAUUUGCCUUCGAAAAAUGCUGAGGCGGAUACCAUCCGCGUGUGCAGAAAACUUCAAACUUUUUGUGAUAUGCUUUAAAGACUAGCCAUAAGAUCAAUGAAUAAGAUGGAUUUUGUACAAGCAUAUGGCAAAAUGUUGCCACUGCUCACCAAACACCCAAGAUAUUAGAGGUUGCAAAUUUUCUCUGUUUUAGGUCUUCAUGCCUUGGAAGGUUGCCAUUCUCCCCAUUAAUUUUUAUCCACUCAAUGAGCAAAAAAGUGAAAACAUAAGAUAAUUGGAAAAGUGUGUUACUAGGGUAAAUGAAUGUCUUACUCUUGCUUGUAUCUCCUUUUAACCCUUUCGCUAAGGCUUUUGAUAUCUCUCUUUUUCAUGACUAUGAUAAUGCUGAAUUGUCUGUCUAUUUUCAUGUUCUGAUGGCAUAGACCUAUGGCAGAUUAUAAUGAUCAAAUCUUCCAUUUUGGUGACUGAAAUGACUUUUUAUCUUCCAUUGUUCGUGUAUUACAUUCCUCCAAUAUUGCCAUAUAUAGUAAUCUGAACUGAUUAUGACUUCUCCACUUGUCAGUGAGGAAUAUGUAUGCUGUCUGUAUUCUUUAAAGAGACAUGUAUAUCUCUUGGAUGAUUGUUGCACCUCUAAUACUAUCAUUCAUUAGCUUUUCAUCCCACUCUCAAGUAGAGAAAAGAAAAUGAGAUGUUUAAAGAAGUUGAUUGGCCUGUGAGGUGCUAUGUUUUUUCCCCUCCAGAACAGAUGAUUAUGUGUCUGCUUGUACUACUUUUUUGUUUCCAUCCCAGGCUUAAUCUCGUGUAUCUUGGUAGAAUGCUUGACUGCUCGUUGUCACUGUAGUUGAUUGUUAUCGGUUAAUUCCCCGCAUGAUGUAGUUGCUGCUUACCUCUGAGCAUUCGUUUCCCAGAGUUAAACAUUGUUCUCAACUUCAGUACUUUCGUGGUUUUAUGCUUACCACACGGAUGAUUCAAUUUCAGCUUCCCUUUUUUUUGGCAUUUUUAUACUUGGGAAAGCUUCUAUAUUUCUGUCUAUGUAGAUCGAAAGUAGACGAUCAUCUUGUUAGAACUUAGAACAUGUUCCGAAUGGCUGUCUGAGCAAUGAGCAUCUCUAAGAAAUAUAUAUGUAGUAACUAUAGCUGCAAAAUCUCUUCAAUUGUAACUCUUUUCACUCAAGUAGAGAACUGGUUCUUCGUAGGAAGAAACCUUUGACUCCUUUUCCCCGAAAAAAAAAGUCCAUUUUGUUCAAAGUGAAUUAUUUUUUUGGGGCCGAAUGAAGUUUGUAUGUUGGUUUGUAGAAUUUAUAUUGAAAAAAGUAGCUGAUAUUUCAGAAAUUUGCAACAUCACUACAAACGUCACGAAAGGUGAAAGAUCAAUUUUUCGAGAGUUGUUGGAGUUUGGGAACGUCUCUCACAAACAACCACCGAUGUAAAAAUAGUUCAAGGUAAAGGAUUGUACUUUAGUUCGCCAAAUGAAUAUAUUUCUUAUUCAUAGUUCAACGAAGAGGAUUGUACUUUAGAUAGAAAAAAAAGGAAUAUAUCUCUUAUUUAGGUACAUUUGGUGUUGUUAGAGCCAUGACUUCGGACACUUGGCGUCGCGUAAUAUACCAAAAAAAAUGUUCGUUUUUCAAGCCUUGUAUGUCGAAACAGGAUCGAUUUCCCCAGAAAAAAACGGUUGUAUUGACAGAUUUUUUUAUUUAUUAUUAUUUUUUUUUUUGGUGAACAAACGUUAGCCUCACUGGCAAACAAGCUAAUACAGAUUUCAAUACGGUUGUAUUGACAGAUUUCAGGAAUGAAGAAGUGGUAGGGAAUUGGGGAAGUCCACCAAAAUUUAG